AUGACGUGGGCUGAAGCUGAAUAACCGGAGCGCACAGAUGAUGAGCGGAAGCGUCAGUGCGCACAUCCCCGUAAUAAUCUGGCUGAGCAGCGUCGCUGUCUUUUCAGCACCACUCACUGACAAUCCAACCAACCGGAGAGGCGAGACAGGCAAAACUGACUUCUCUGCAACCUUCUGUGGAUAUUCUUUCUUUCUCUACAUCCACAAAUCCUUACAACUUUUUUUUUUCCAGUAAAGGAGCUUCUGGUUUUUAUUCUACCGAGUUUCCACCCGCUGAAAGUAAGAAUUUAGUUUCAUUUUUCAAAUAGGACCAUGUGGUUGUUGGAUGUAUGAUUUUGAUAUAUUUUUUUCAUUGCGGAUUUUCGUAUGUUUUUUUUCCCACGGUUACACUCUAAGUUUGGUCUUUUCAUUACGCUUUGGAAGUCUAGAAAAAUGCCCGCAACCACUUGAAUGAAUGAGUUAUUGAAAUAAGUUCGAUUAUUUUACGGUAGUUUUCACACGUUCAGUCAGUAAUUUAAGAGCCUUUGUUUUCUUUUAAUACGUGGAAUUAUAUGUGUAUCUAGUCGCGAUGUUCACUUUAGUGGUGGGACUUUUGUAUCUGGUCAGUGGAUGCACGGUGCGAAGCCAGGAUGCUACAGGUAGCCGCUUCGUUUGUAACGCAAUUCCCCCGGGCGCAGAGCCGGGCUGCGCGUACGGUCCUACUGGGAACCGUGUCCAGAGCAGCAGCCCCGUGGAGGACGAGCUACGGAACACGAUAAUCCAGCUCCGGGAGACCAUCCUGCAGCAGAAGGAGACCAUCGUGAGCCAGCAGGGGACCAUCAAGGAGCUCAACUCCAAGCUGGCGCGCUGCGAGGCGGCAGCCGACGAGUCGUCACAGAGCAAGCCCCGGGGUCAGGGCUCCAGGCGGAAGGAGUACGGCAAAAACACCAUGGGGGACCUGCCCCGGGACCCCAGCGAGACCAUAGAUCAACUGGGCAAGACCAUGCAGAGUCUCAAGGGUCGGCUGGAGAACUUGGAGCAGCAGAGUUUGCGGCUCCCCAGCACAAAUGUGUCAGCUGGAGGUGUCUCGGCACUGACUCCCCUGCCACCAGAGCUGCGGGAGCUGCUGCGACAGCGUCUGGGGGCGCUGGAGACCCAGCUCCUCCGGAAGGUGGCUGAGCUGGAGGAGGAGAAGAGCCAGCUCUACAAUGAAACAGCGGCCCACCGCCAACGUACCGAGAGCACUCUCAAUUCCCUCCUGGAGAGGAUCACCGAGCUUGAGAAAAGUAAUAAUGCCUUCAAGUCACCCGAGGAUUUCAAGGUGUCCCUCCCUCUUCGUACGAACUACCUGUAUGGACGCAUCAAAAAGAGUCUCCCAGAAAUGUACGCCUUCACUGUGUGCAUGUGGCUCAAGUCCAGCGCCAGUCCCGGCAUAGGAACCCCGUUCUCUUACGGUGUGCCCGGCCAGGCCAACGAGAUAGUCCUCAUCGAAUGGGGGAACAAUCCCAUUGAACUACUAGUUAAUGAUAAGGUGGCCCAGCUCCCUCUGUCAGUGAGUGACGGGCGCUGGCACCACAUCUGCAUCACCUGGACAACUAGAGACGGUUUCUGGGAGGCUUACCAGGAUGGCGAGCGUCUAGGCACAGGGGACAACCUGGCCCCCUGGCACCCAAUUAAACCUGGAGUUAUCAUCCUGGGCCAGGAGCAGGACAUAGUCGGAGGCCGCUUUGACGCCACGCAGGCUUUUGUGGGCGAGCUGAGCCAGUUCAACAUGUGGGACCGAGUACUGCGGCCUGUGGACAUCAUGGGUCUGGCCAACUGCUCGGCUUACAUGCCGGGCAACGUGGUCCCUUGGAUUGACGCUAAUGUGGAAGUGUUUGGUGGUGCGAGUAAAACUGCUCUGGAGAUCUGUGAAGAUCGCGCUUUUGAUUCCUAAAGGAUCUGAUGUGAGGAAAUCCAGUAUACUA